AUGACCGAAUGCUGCUGUGCACCCUUCCUCUGGAAGCCAGUUCCUGACUGGAAGCCGACACGACAGGUGUCCUGCUUGGAGGAGGACGAGACCCUCUCCCCCUCUCUGCGCAGUGGACCUGUGAGCCCAAAAGUGUCGCUGCAGCUGCUGAGGGACGGCAACGCGCGAUUUGCCACGGGAAGAUCCAGGAACACAGCAACGAAUGAGGCGACUCGGAAGCAGCUGGAGAUCACUGGCGAGGCUCCCCACUGCGCCAUCAUCGGCUGCGCGGACGCCCGCGCACCCUUAGAGACGAUCUUUGAUGCCAUGCCAGGUGACAUCUUUGCUUUGCGGAAUAUUGGCAACACUUGCACCCAUGCCGAAGGCAGCAUGGUUGGCAGUUUGGAGUUCUGCAUUGGAAAGCUCCGUAGCCGACUGAUCCUGGUGCUGGGACACAGCCACUGUUCAGCCGUCUAUGGCGCGACCCAGUCCUACUUUGACACACUGGAAGCCAGAUCCAACAGCCAAGAGGUCAUCACUGCCUCCAGUGCCCUUGAUGGUUUGCUCUUAGAUUUGUCCUGUGUGGCUGAGCAAGCCGCCGGCGAAUUAGGCGUCGAUCGUUCCAUCGAAGAUGUGGCACACCAUGCGGUGAAGCUCAAUGUCUUCCACACGGUCAACUUUUUGUUGAAGUUUAGUGGGCCAAUCCGGGAAAAGGUCCGAAGCAGACAACUGGAAAUUCAAGGUGCCAUCUAUGACCUGCCAUCUGGAAGGGUAGACUUCUUAGGUUGCUCACCUGAUCAAGAUGAGUACUUGUCCUCGAAGAUACCUUUGCCAUUGUCUGUGGCCCGGGAUGACAGCUUACCUGCUCGAGGCUCCGGCGUGCGUGGCGUUCGCACGGCCUACGAUGGCCGGAUGUCGGCCAAGGAGGCCCUGGAAAUGCUCAAGGAAGGGAACAACCGUUUCGUGCUGGGAACCCCACUGGCCAUGGCUGCUGAUGAUUCCAUGAGGGAAGCUCUGGUUUAUCAAGGGCAAGCGCCCCACACCGCGGUGCUGGGCUGCGCCGACUCCCGAGCGCCAGUGGAUACCCUCUUUGAUUCCAUGCCAGGAGAUCUCUUUGUUUUGCGCAAUGCGGGCAACACCUGUACGCAUGCGGAAGGCAGUAUGCUGGGAAGCUUGGAGUUUUGCGCAUGCAAGCUUAGCACCAAGCUUAUCCUGGUGCUUGGGCACACGCAAUGUAGUGCACUGACGGGGGCGGCGGAAGCAUACCUCAAAAGCCAGGACGGAGGCGAAGACGGCCUCAGCUCCGCCUCUUCGGUGUCUACAGCGUUGGAAGGCCUACUGACCUCCUUGUCCUCCGUCUCGAAGCGGACGGCCGACACCAUGAGCGUGGAGGCAGAGCUGAAGCAGCUGGUGGCUCACUCGGUGAGAGUCAACGUCUUCCACUCGAUUGAUUUCAUGCUGAAAUAUAGCAUGCCUAUUCGCGAGCUCGUGAAAAAUGGCGGGCUCGAGAUUCACGGAGGCAUCUAUCGCUUGGAGACGGGCCGUGUGGACUUCUUGGGGCCUUCGCCCAACCAGGCGAAGCUGCUCUCCAGUGAGCUUCAUCUACCGCCCUCCAUGGCGGUCUUGCCGAUCCGGACCUCCUUCGAUGAACCGCUGCAUCCGAACAUGUCCUUGAAACUCUUGAAGGAGGGCAAUGAGCGAUAUGUUUAUGGCCAUGCCACUGCCAAGGUCAGCAACUGCGUGCGGAGGGCUUUGGCCGAGGACGGGCAAGCGCCUCACUGCGCCAUCAUCGGCUGCGCGGACUCCCGGGCACCUUUGGAGGCUAUCUUCGAUGCCAUGCCUGGAGACAUCUUCGCACUCCGGAAUGCUGGGAACACGUGCACCCACUCGGAAGGGAGCAUGCUGGGAAGCCUCGAGUUCUGCACGAGCAGCUUGGGCACCCAGCUGAUUCUGGUCCUGGGACACACGCAGUGUACAGCGGUGCGGGGUGCCACCAAGAUGUUCUUGGAGUCUGGAGGCCCAGAGCUCACCGAGAACAAGGCGUGGGACGCUUUGUUGGCUGGGCUUAGCAUCGUGGCGAAACAGGCAGCCACUGAGCUGGGUGCCUAUGCCAAUGAGGAGGCCAUCAUCGCUCGCGCAACGAAGCUGAACAUCUACAGGUCUAUCAAUUUCCUUCUCCAAUACAGCGGCAUCAUCCGUGAAAAGGUGGAGAUGGGUGAAUUGGAGAUCCAGGGAGGAAUUUAUGACCUGGAAACCGGGCAGGUACAUUUCCUAGGCCGAAGUCCACUACAAAAUGAGAUUCUGAGGUCAGAUCUCGCGUUGGAGAAGUUGGCCGGGUGUUGA